CUUCUCUUCCUUGCUGGCUCAAUCCGACCGACAUCUCCAUCCUUGGUCUUUAUACUUGCGCGCAACCGAUCCCACGGCUCCCCACCGCCAUUCGUUGCUCGUGCAUAUUGAUUAUACUAUAUUUGACCUGUCUGCCGCCAUUAUCUUUCCUUAUAUAUUUUCGCGUCAUUAAUUUCCCUUCUGGGCUGUCGGGGACGUGUAGACCGCCCACCUUGUGAGAGUAUCGAGAAUGGCCGAUAAAGAUGGCAAGCAGUUCAAGUACCGGCAGGAGAUCCAGCAGAUGAUGUAUGUCUCUGGCGAGACAGGUGAACCUUCAGUUGAGACUACUGGUAUGAUUGAAGAGAUUGUCCGCCAGCAAGUCAUAGAAAUCCUGCGGAACUGCACCGAGCUUGCUGCUCGUCGGGGAUCGCGCUCCAUCACUAUCAACGACCUCAUAUUUCAGAUCAGGGACGACGCGGCCAAGGUGUCCCGUUUGCGGACGUUCUUGUCUUGGAAGGAUGUGCGCAAAAACGUUAAAGAUUCGGACGAUAAGGGUGCCGAUGCCGAUAUUGGAGCCGGUGAAGAUCCGGUGGGCGGAGUUGUGCCGGGAGGUCCGGUCGACGACACAACCAAGAAGAACAAGAAGGCCAAGGUCGGCCUGCCUUGGGAGCCGUCGUCUUUCUACAGCCAAGAGGUCCCGGAGCGUGACGACGAGGACGACGAGGAGGAAGAGGAGAUGAACCACAUCACGCUGCAGCGCCUCCGCAAGGCGGACGAACGCACCAAGGUGAUGACUAAGGAGGAGUAUGUGACUUGGUCCGAGUAUCGCCAGGCCUCGUUCACGUACCGCAAGGGCAAGCGGUUCCGCGAGUGGGCUGGCUUCGGUGUGGUGACGGACGGACGGCCGUCGGACGACAUCGUCGACAUCCUCGGCUUCCUAACCUUUGAGAUGGUUCAGAUGCUUACAGAGGAGUCGCUCAAGCUCAAGGAACAAGAGGAGAUGUGGAAGGAGCGCACGGGCGUGGGCGAGAAGGCUGGAAACAAGAAGCGCAAGCUCUACACGGGGCUGUUCGACCCGCCCAGCGAGGGCCGCACCCCGGUCGAGGCCCGUCACGUGCAGGAGGCUUUCCGUCGCAUGCAGGCCCGCCCCAAGAAGUCCCGCGCCAUGCUCAACGGCACGCGCCUGUCUCAGCACACCGGCCUCAAGUUGUUCUGAUACGGCGUCCCCAGCUGCGUCAAAGCUUGGCUUGUCUUUAACGCGAUUCUUCUCUCAUUUUCUUCUUCUAUUAUCUCUCGUUUCAACCGGAGUUCGUUUGGGUCAUUUCGAUGGAUAUCACCACCGGGGAGCCGCGAUACCUGAUUGCAAGGCGUUUAAUAUUGGGGAGACACUUUCCUUUUGGCUUACUUACGGCGCCGCACUGAACUCGAUCAAGUCUCAUAAUAUGCUAUUUUUGCUGAAUUAUUUUUCACAAUUAGAACUACAGCGAACCACCUCCACCUCUUGCUUGUGUAUAAGUAGGAUUGAGUAGUGGCUGUUUGAAAGCAUUCCUGCCGAAUAACAAGGUAUAUAGCGGA